CAGUAAAAGUAAAAGAAAAUUACUGACAUUGAAGUAGGUGUACGUGACAUUCAUUUGAAAAAGGAGUUGAUGUCGAGGCAUUGGAACAAGAACUAAAGAACAAGUCUCAGCGUCGUGAAGAGAAGCACUCCGGCCGGAUCUGAGCGGAUCACGUGCAUCGUUGACGUUGUCUUUAAAUUUGUCCUAGAGGAGUCAGGACGUUAAAAUGAGUCCAAAGGCAAGCAACAGGAAGUUGCGCAAGAGCGCGUCGAUGAACGACAAAGCUAUUCUUCUCUUUGAGAAUUCACCGGCGGACAACUACCAGCAUGGUGCAAAGUUGCCCGCCAAAAAGUACACCAGCAAGAAUCUCGGGAUCAUGCCCAUGAAAGAAGAGAAAGAAGCUGGAACGACUCAGCCGCAGCAGGAUGAUCUAAAAGUCUAUUUCUACUAUUUCUACCGCAAAAUAAUGUACACAUACUUACUACGACAAACCAAGGAGUCGGGGAUGGAGUCUGGAAAGUCGAGUUCGCCGGAUAAUUCAGGGAUGACUCAAUGCGUGCCCUGGUUGGCCAUGAGAAGGGGUAAAGAGAGGGCGCGCCGGUUGGUUGCUGCAAGUGUGUUGGAGAGCUGGGAGAGCAUGACAAUGCAUCAAAUCGACAACGACAUAAUGUUUUUACGAUGCGAUGCGCAGACGAUCGUGUCGUUGAAGAUAAUAGAAUAUUACAAGUUUUCCCUAGUAUCGAAUGUCAAGAUGUCCGAGACGGAAAGACGCUACCAGUGACGACUGUGACGACGCCGGUGGAGAUAACAUGUGGUGUCGAAGGUGUCAACAUGCGACAAAGGCUCGCAAAAGGAAAAGAAGCGAAGAGAGACACAAGUACCGGAGGCUCAGGCUAAUCGAUAUCUUCCGGCCGACUGGUAGCACACUGGUUCUUCAUCCGCAUGAUCUAGAUGAUUUAUCC